AACAUGAGCUCAUGCGGACGGUUGCAUCACCUUGAGAAGGAUCCCAGCCCCACCUUGGUCACAGCUAAAUGGAUUUGAAUUCAAGCUGCCUGAUUCACAGAUCCUGCCUGGCCAAUGGACAUGGAGACACCUCUGGAGAAAGCCCUGGCGACGCUUGUGUACACCUUCCACAAAUAUUCAGGGAAAGAAGGGGAUAAGUUUACUCUGAGCAAGGGAGAGCUGAAGGAGCUGGUGAAGAAGGAGCUGGCACUUGGAGAGAAGAUGAAGGCAGGUGGAAUUGACAAGCUGAUGGGAACCCUGGACAAGAACAAGGAUGAUGAGAUUGACUUCAAGGAGUACACGGGCUUCCUGACGGCCCUUUGCAUGACCUACAACGAUUUCUUCCAGCAGGAUUCAAAAUAAGGGAGAGGGUGGGGUAAAUCUCCAGCAGUCGGUGCCCUGCAUCACUCAGAGCCAAUGUGGCAACUUUAAAUAAAGGUCUCAAC